ACGGACCGGUCUGGCGCUGGUCUGCACGUGCGCGCGAGGGGCGGCUGGAUGGCUGUUCUCCGCUCCCUCGCGGCGGUCCGCGCGGCGCCGGGGCUUUGGUGGCGGGCGGCGCGCGCGUCGUUGGGGCUCCAGGGCCGCUGCCUGGGGAGAGGCUACUCUGUGGAUGCCGCGCAGGGAUUCUCUUCUUCUGUGCAGAGCCCACCAACUUUUGGGUUCCUGUUGGACAUCGAUGGAGUGCUGGUACGGGGUCACAGAGUGAUCCCUGCGGCUCUGGAAGCGUUCCGCAGGCUGGUGAACGCUCAUGGGCAGUUGCGGGUGCCCGUGGUCUUUGUCACCAAUGCUGGCAACAUCUUACAACACAGCAAAGCCCAGGAACUGUCAGCCCUGCUGGGGUUCAAGGUGGAACCGGAUCAAGUCAUUCUCUCUCACAGCCCCAUGAAGCUCUUUUCGCAAUAUCACAACAAGCGGAUGCUGGUGUCUGGGCAGGGGCCCGUGGUGGAAAAUGCCCGAGUAUUGGGCUUCGAGAAUGUGGUUACUGUGGAUGAGCUGCGUAUGGCCUUUCCUGUGCUUGACAUGGUAGAUCUCCAGCGGCGGCCAAAGACCACGCCCCUUCUAAGGAACGACUUCCCGGCCAUUGAAGGGGUUCUUCUCCUUGGGGAGCCAGUCCGCUGGGAGACAAGCCUGCAGCUGAUCAUGGAUGUCCUGCUCAGCAAUGGGAACCCUGGGACUGGUCUAGCAACGGCUCCUUAUCCCCAUCUCCCUGUCCUGGCCAGCAACAUGGAUCUCCUUUGGAUGGCUGAAGCCAAGAUGCCUAGGUUUGGCCACGGCACCUUUUUGCUGUGCCUGGAAACCAUUUACCAGAAAUUGACAGGCAAAGAGCUGAAAUACGAGGGCCUGAUGGGCAAACCCAGUGUCCUCACUUACCAGUAUGCAGAGGACCUGAUCCAGCAGCAGGCAGAGAGGCGGGGGUGGGCAGCCCCCAUCCAGAAGCUCUAUGCUGUCGGUGAUAACCCUAUGUCUGAUGUCUACGGUGCCAACCUGUUCCACAAGUACCUGCAGAUGGCGAAGCAUGGUGGGGCAGAGGAGUGGGGGGCCAGUGGCUUGUGGAAGCAGCGGCCCUCAGCAACUCAGAGCUGCGCCUCUAUCCUAGUGUGCACUGGUGUGUACAAUCCCAAGGGCCCAGAGCCCACCAGGCCCACCCAAGAAGCAGAGGCGGCUCCAUUUCAUGGGCACCGGGACUUCAGCUUCAGUCCAGGGCUCAUGGAGGCAUCGCACAUUGUGAAUGAUGUGAAUGAGGCUGUACAGCUGGUUUUCCACAAGGAGGGUUGGGCUUUGUAGUAAGGGCUGUGCACUGGAGAUGAGGGAGGGACCCUGGAGCUAGAGGGGAGUCCUGUUGACUAACUUUUGGCCCACAUCACUGGGCAUCAAGUCAGGGCCGCUUCCCAGGACACUCUGUGUGGCCCCACGGUGGAUAUUACUGGUCACUUGGAAGAAGACACUGGCUUUUUCUCCUGCUGGGCAGUAGCCACAGAAUGGUACCCCGGGAGCAUUUUGGGUAGAACCAUCAGGAUUUUCUGGGCCCAGUUCCUGUCUGCUUCUGACAGUCUGACCUUGGGCCAGUCCCUUUACCUCUGUUCCUCAGUUUCUUCUCUCAUUUCAGUAGGGACUUAAGAAAAAAGGGGAAGUGGUGGGAAAUAAUGUGGAGCCUUGUCUGCACUGAGGGCACCGCUGCAUGCCAGCAAGCUGUGUCACUAAUACUAUGGUACUGCUUUUUAUUGUAUUUUAGCUUACUGCCCAGAGACUUUGAGGCUUAUUUUUUUUAAUUAAAAUAAUCAUAAUAAAUAUUCAUUAUGCUGUCAGUUGUGAACCACUUCUGGAAUGUACUGAAAAGUCCUGUUGAGGAAGGAUAGCGGGUGAGCCCUGAAGCAAAGAGAUUGGUGCCAUUUUGCUCCCAUAAGGCACUGAGGUCUUCUUUCCUACCUUUGUUCUCCUUUCCACCACUAAUCCCCAGCCUGGCCCUGGCCUGCAAAGCCCGAGUCUGUCUGCGAAGUAGUUAUGCCCAGGCUUUGGCAUGUACAUUACAACUCCUCUGGUGUGGAAAAGAAAGGAUCUUGUUUAUAGUUUCUUCUGAAGGAAGGAGCUUUUUCUAUAAUGAUCCUGGCAAGUACAUAUUUCUUAUAUUCCUCCCUCUAGGAGUGACCCAUUUUCACUUUUCCAUGGUAUGUGUCGUCCACAGUCCCGUUUGCCAAAUCCCCUCGUCCUUGCCCUCAUGUUACUCUAGCAGUCAUUUUCAUGUGCCACAAGCUGGUGACUCCUUCCCCUCUUCUCAAAACACUAAUUACUUGGCUGUAUCUCACUGAUUUCUUGACACCUUUGUUUGGAUACUUGGUAGUCAUUCAGAGAGGAGAGAACACAGGGGCCUGGGAAGGAGUGGCCACUGAAAUCGAAGGGGAAUCGUGAGUGAAUGGGUGUCUGGGAAGCUGAGUGAACAUGUUUUACAAAGGAGAGAGUGAUGAGCUCUGCUCACUCCGUAAGUAUCAGAGCUUGGCUGUGUCCAAAGCCAAAUAUAGCCCAACCCUACUGCUAGUACCCAGGUGGGGUCCUGCUGCACGCACCCCUUCCCCCCAACAGUAGGCAGUAGCACUGAAGACAGUAGGCUAAAGGCCUGGACUCACCCUUGUUUUCCCCCACCCCCAAAUUAUUUAUUUACUUAUUUGACAGAGAGAGAACACAAGUAAGCAGAGCGGCAGGUAGAGGGAGAGAGAGAAGCAGGCUCUCGUCUGAGCAGGGAGCCCGAUGCGGGGCUCGAUCCCAGGACCCCAGAAUCAUGACCUGAGCUGAAGGCAGCUGCUUAACCAACUGAGCCACCUAGGUGCCCCCAUCCUUGUCUUUAAUCUAGCCAGUCCAUCCGUAUAUCCUGCAGCUUUGCCUUCAGAAUAUGCUGAGUGUAAGCACUUUCCAGCCUUCGAUGCUGCCCUGCUCCAGGCUGCUGGCUUCUCUGGCCUGCAUUGUUGUGGCAGCCUCCAGUCUGACCUCCCUGUCUCAUUUCCUCCUCCCUUUUUGCAGCUCUCCCCUCAGCACCCCAGAAGCCGCAUCCUAAGUUUGACCUGUUCUCUGAUGAAAACCCUCCCGUGACUUCUGCUCUCCCAGAGGAAGAGCCCUCAGCACAGAUGCCUCUCCAUCCUGUUCUCCCACUUUCCCUUUCAUGUCGUACCAGCCCUGCUGGCUCCCUUGCCAGUCCACUGUACCAUUCCUGUCCCGGGACCUCUGCACUUGCGGUUCACUUUACCUUAUCUCCACUAUUCACACGGCUCACCCCUUCCCCUUUUUUUUUCCCCCUCUUGUCACUUCUCAAAUAUCUGGUGGAUAUGUCAUCUCAGACUGUCUCAACUUUUUUUUUUUUUUUUUAAAGAUUUUAUUUAUUUAUUUGACAGAGAGAGAUCACAAGCAGGCAGAGAGGCAGGCAGAGAGAGAGGAGGAAGCAGGCUCCCUGCAGAGCAGAGAGCCCGAUGCGGGGCUCGAUCCCAGGACCCUGGGAUCAUGACCUGAGCCGAAGGCAGAGGCUUUAACCCACUGAGCCACCCAGGCGCCCCUGUCUCAACUUUUUAUAACAAGUAGUACUCUAUCCCUCUUACCUGCUUAAUCUUUUCCAUAGUCCUUAUCACCCCAUGAUCUAUAUUUAUGUCUUUAUUCUGUGUCUUUUACUAAAAUAUAAGCUCUGUGGACUUUGUCCAUAUUGAUUCACUCUUGUGUACCCACACCCAUAUGCCUGGCACUUGGUAAGUUUGCAGACCCUGUGAAGUCCUUCUAAAGUGUCUUUGAGACAUAUGUGAUUUUCAUUUCUUUUCCGUUGGGCAUCAUGGCAAAAGUGAAAAGACUAAGGGUCUUGGAGUCAGGCAGACCUGGAAUCAAAUCCUAGCUGCCACUCACCAGCUAUAUGGCCUUGGGCAAUUUCCUUCACUUCUCCAAGCUUCCAUUUUCUCAUCUGUAAAAUUGGCAUUGGCAGUGUGUAUUUCAUAAAUGAACUAUUUUUAAGUACAGUACUGUAUCAUUUAGGAUUUUAUUCAGCUGCUUGUUACAGAAAUCUGACUACAGUGGCUUGAAGAAAUAGGUGGUUAUUUUUCUAAGCAAUAGGAAAUUCAGAGUAGGCAUCUCGGGCUGGGGAACCAGCUCAAGGGUGUGUCAUCAAGGACUCUGGUUCUUGGCCUAUCCAAUACUUAGCAUGUGUGUUUGUCCACUUGCAAGAUGGCAUCAUUCUGCCCUUGGGCCUCAGCCACAUUCCAAGGUGGAAGGAGGAAAAGGUAAAGAUAAAGAUAAAGCAGGUGGAGCCGGAUUCCUUUAUUUACUUACUUGUACAUUUUUUUAAAAAGAUUUAUUCAAGAGACAAAAAGAACAUGAGCAGGGUUGAGGAGUUGGGGAGAGGGAAAAGCAGACUGCGGAGCAGGGAGCCUGACGCUGGGCUUGAUCCCAGGAACCUGAGAUCAUGACCUGAGCCUAAGGUAGACACUUAACUGGCAGAGCCACCCAGGCUCCCUGAGCUGGAUUCCUUUAAAAGAGUUUUUCCAGACUUUGGAUCUGUCUGGUUGACUACAGGUGGAUCAUACAGGCACCAGUAGCUACAAGGAGGCAGGGACAGGGUGCACUGUUGUUCAAACAAAAUCAGGGUCUAUUUAUAAGGAAGACCAGUAGAAUGGAUGGUGGGUAGACAACUAAGUAGUAAAACACCAGCUCCUGGGAUCCAGAAGGCGUUUAAUUGUGAAUAUUUCUUCCAAGUGCUCUGAAGAAAUGGGUAAGCCCUGGGCUCGGAAACAUCUUGUCUGGUAGUCAUCUGAGCUGUUGGGUUGAGUAACAGGCUUGCUAGGUUAUAUUUGUGCAUCACUUAACCUUUUUCAAAGCACUUUAAGUUAGACGUCAUUCAUCCUAUUUUAUUAGAGCUUCCCAAAGCCCCUAAUGGUGAGAGAAUUCUUAUCCCAUCUUUAUAAAUGAAGACACUCUGGCAGAGACUAUUCAUUCUUUCACUUCUGAAACAUCUAUUGGAGAUCUGUUCGGUGCCAAGUACCAUUUUAGGUGCUAUAGCAAUGACCAGUCAUUGGCAACAGUACCUGCCCUCAAGGAGUUUACCUUUCACUGAUGAUGUGUCCAAAGUCAGUUAGCAAACUGAGGGGCUGGGCUUGCAGUUCAGUCUCCCGACAGAGCCCAGUGUUUUCUCUGAGAUACGCACUAGACUCUUUACACCCUUAGCCAGUCCACUGCCCUUCUCCAAGCAUUGCUUUAUAUACUGGAGCAGCUGCUGUCAUGUGUAUAGCCCAUGUGAGCUCUCGUUGGGCCAAAUAGGUCAAGCUUACCAAAUGGAAUGACAGGUGAGUACAGAAAUGAGUUGGAUAAUAAAGCCAAGUAUGACUAUGUGGGGAGGAAUCUUGCCAGAGUCAAGAUUCCUUUGCUCCAUGUUGAAAUGACAGAAUGGCAACAUCUCUGUGUCUAUCUGCCUCUGGCUCUUCCCUUUGGCUGCCUGUCAUUCUGGCGCUGUGGCCGUUUCCCUCUCACUUGUUUGGGUUUCCCAAGGAUACCACCAGCCAUUCCAGACUGGGUGCCGAAGAGCAAGUGUCUGCAACGGUAUUUCUGCAAAGCUGUGUUGGAAGGCAGGGCCACCCACUCAGCUCUCAAGUCUUGUCCCUUAGGGGCUUUGUCUAAACUAUGGAACCAAAACUGACAACCAACUGCUUCAUUUGCUCAGUCCCAAGGUAAAUGAAAAUGUUACCUUUUUGUGUUUUGAUGGAGCCAAGUGAACACAAAACAAAAAAGACUAAGUCAAACUGAACAACAAGUGGGCCCAUAUUUUUAUUAAAAUUAUUAACAUGGGGCAAACCUAUACCUUGGGGUGUUCGCACUAAACAGAAUUAAUUACCUUGGGUCCCUUCAGUCAUUACCCUGGAGCCAGAACAUAGCGGCACUUCCUUGGCGUUCCCCUUGGUGGCAGCAGCUCCCGGCCUCCUGAGGACACCUCUAGGCUGCCAGAGGCAGGUGCUUCUAGCAAGUUGGUAAUCAGGACUCCCAGCAGAGCUAGGGUUGCCAUAGCAACCGGAAGCUGCCUUGAGGGUGGAAUUUUAAAAUAUCUCAGCUAUAAUAGUGUUUUUCCCCCAAAUCACUGUCACUCCCCCAGUGCUGCAUGGUGUUGCUGAGGCUGGGGCCAUCUUGGGACGCCUGUUUCUCUGCCUGGGGCUUUUGGCAGCUUCAGGGAUUGGAGGUGGGAGGAUUGUCUCAGGGUGUGAACUGCUGGGAAGCUGACAGCUUUAGCUUUUGCUUCCAGGCUCCUCUAGCUCUUGGUUCCAAAAGCCUUCUGUCAUUUUCUAUUUUUUUGGGAGGUUUAGAAGAAGGGUCUAGCUUGAAACUCUCCCCACCUCCUCCCACUCUGAUUCGAGCAUUCUGGCUUACACUCCUACCAGAUCAGCCUUAGCAUUUCUGGGACCUCUCUGGAGAGGGAGGGGCAUGUACCUUGCCUGCUUUUUCUUUUGGUCUUUCUAACUUCCUCUUUUGGCUUCAUUUAUUUACUUAGAAAAUGAUUGUUGAGCACCUACCUACUAAGCCCAAGAAUAAGAAGUGAGAAACAGCCCUGGUCUUGAAGGAGCUCACUGUCUUGACAUGACUUGGCCCCUCUCCAGUUUCAAACAUUUUUAUAAACUUACUAAGAGUGUUCUGUUGGCAGAGGGAUACAAACCAAUGGCACAGAGUAGCAUGCAGAAACAUAUAUGUGAUAAGUGUCUAUCAAUGGAUGAAUCGAUAAAAUGUAUACAUUUACCUAUACACAAUGGAAUAUUUAGCUAUAAAAAGAAGGAAAUCUUUCAUUUACAGUAACCUGGAUGGCCUCAAUGGCAUUAUGCUAAGUGAAGUAAGUUAUAGAAAGGUAAAUACUCUCUGAUCUCACUUACAUGUGGAAUCUAAACAACAACAAAAAAUCAAAAAAAACCCACCACCGGGCUUACAAUAUAGAGAAGAGAUUGGUGGUUGUCAGAGGUGGGGGGUGAGGGUAGACAGAAUGGGUGAAGGGGGCCAAAAGGUAUAAGCUUCCAAUUAUAAAAUUAGUUAAGUUGUGGGGACGUAGUAUGCAACUUAGCGACUUAAUACUGUAUUAAAAGGGCACCUAGGUGACACAUUGUUUGGGCAGCCAACUCUUGGUUUCCGCUUGGGUCAUGAUCUCAGGGUUGUGAGAUCAAACCCCACAUUGGGCUCAUCGAGGAGUCUGCUUGGAAUUUUCUCAUUCUCUCUCUCCCCCUCCUGCUUAUGCUCUCUGUCAAAAUAAAUAAACCUUUUAAAAAAACAUAUUACAUAUUUGAAAGUUGCUGAGCCUAUUGUGGGGCUUGAUCCAGGGACCUGCGAUCAUGACCUGAUCCAAAGGCAGAUGUUUAACAACUGAGCCACCCAGGUGUCCCAAGAUUGAUUAGUUUUAAGUAAUCUCUAUAGCCAGUAUGGGGCUUGAACAUACAAGCAUGAGGUCAAGAGUUGUUAUGCUCCACCAACUGAGCCAGCCAGGUGCCCAAGUUAUACUUCAAUUUUAAAAAAUAUAUAAUGUUGUAAUGUAAAUUAUACCUCCAUUUUUUAAAAAAGUGGGAUAAAUUUUAGCCUUUAAAUUGUACUGUGUCUCCUUGCUGUGUGAUUGUACAGCAUCACAAACUACUUGCUCAGGUAACUCAAUAAUCGCAUUCAAAUUACUUAUUUAAUGUUUGCUUUUCCCCCUAGCCUGGAAACUCUACUAAAAGUUGCAGAAAGAACUAUGGCUUUCAAGAUACUUAGAAUACAGGAACUAACAUUCAUUUUAACAGCUGCAGUACAGCAUGGUAAAGAUAUCCAGAAGCAUACACUGGAUGUUAAGAGCCACAGAGGUCAAAGAACAUUUUUAGUCAAGCUAGAACUCUAAACAUAGUAAAAUUAGAUGAAAUCUAUGGUUGGUCCAUUAAAUGAAAAGUCAGCAAUUGUAAAAGGUGAUAUUUAUAUAUUUAUAUAUCCUUAAAUAUAUAUAUAUAUUAAUAUAUUUAAAUAUAUAUAUUUAUAUAUCCUUAAAGAUUUUAUUUUAACUCGACUACAUAAAUGCACAUUUAUUUAUAAAUCUUUUCAUAUGGUUAAUGCCGUAUAUUUGAUAUGGGUCUUCUACUGAAUUUGGAUCUUCUUUCUUGCGUAAGCCAUGUCUACAAUGACCCAUCACUCAUGAUUUCCACUUAUGGUUUCUAAAAAAAGAAAGAAAUACAUAUAUGAAAAUAUAUGAUAAUGUGAUUAGCUAAAUAAAUGUUGGGGUUCCUGGUUGGUUCAUUUGGUAGCAUGUGACUCUUAAGUUCAGGGUUGUGAGUUGGAGCCUCAUGUUGGAUGUAGAGAUUACUUAAAAAUAAAAUCUUAUAAAUGUUUAUUGCUCAUUUCAUAGUCUGAUGUGGGCUAGGUGGCUAGUCUUGACCUUUCCCCUCCAAGUAGUGAUUCAGGGAUCCUGGCACCUUCCAUUUCGUGAUGCUGUCAUCUUCAGCAUAUGAUUUCCAAGGUCUCUGUAGGAGGGAGAGAGAGUGGAUGACUAUGAAGCAAUUUAUGAUCAGUCCGGGGAGUGGUACACAUCACUUCUGUCCAUAUCCAGGCACAUGGUUCCAAUGCAACUACAAGGAAGAUGGGAAAUAUCUUCCUUUGUGCCUAGAAAAAAGAAAUAAGCAGCAUCUUACCCUGUCUUUGUUGCCACACUACUAUUUACUAGGCUAAAGAAAUUGUUUUGCUAAAUUUUUGUUUAAUGAAUGUUGGAAGUUGUUUAUACUUAUUGAGUUGAUUAUAAAUGCUUUUCUCCUUUGAUAUGUUAAUGUGAUAAGUUACAGUAUAGAUUUUUUUCCAUCUCUUCAUCUUCCUUGCACCCUUGUGAUAAAACUUAAUUGGUUACGUUGCAUGUUGCUGGCUGCUACUGGCUAGCAUUUGUUUAGGAGCUCUUUGUUUAUAUUCAUAAGUGAAAUUUGCCUGUAUAUUUUUAAUUAUUUUCUGCUGUCUUUGUCUGGUUUUGAUAUCAUUAUAUUAGCCUCAUAAAAUAAAUGGUGGUCCAUUUUAUCUUUUCCUAUUUUCUGUAGCAGCUUGUUUAGAAUAGGAUUAUAGAUUUUAUUUAUUUAUUUGACAGACAGAUCACAAGUAGGCAGAACAGCAGGCAGAGAGAGAGGGGAAGCAGGCUCCUCUCUGAGCAGAGAGCCCAAUGCGGGGCUCGAUCCCAGGACCCUGAGAUCAAGACCUGAGCUGAAGGCAGAGGCUUAACCCAGAGCCACCCAGGCAUCCCUGGAUUAUCAGUUUCUUGAAUAUUGGUGGAACACACAGAUAAUUACCUGGGCCUGAUAAAUUUUUGGGGGGUGCUUUUAAUUACUGAUUCACUUUCUUUAAGAAUUAAAUAUAUAUUCAAAUUUUGCUAUCUCUGGCAGUUUAGGAAGGUCAUGUUUUUUCUGGGGCAUUUAUCAUAUUUCUCUUAAUCUUCAAAUACAUUGGUAUAAUGUUUUUCAUAAUAUUCUUUUUUUAAAAAGAUUUUAUUUAUUUAUUUGACAGAGAGAAAUCACAAGUAGAUGGAGAGGCAGGCAGAGAGAGAGAGAGGGAAGCAGGCUCCCUGCUGAGCAGAGAGCCCGAUGCGGGACUUGAUCCCAGGACCCUGAGAUCAUGACCUGAGCUGAAGGCAGCAGCUUAACCCACUGAGCCACCCAGGUGCCCCAUUUUUCAUAAUAUUCUUAUUAAAAAUCUCUGUUGUUUUGGAGUGCCUGUGUGGCUCAGUGGGUAAAGCCUCUGCCUUCAGCUCGGGUCCUGGUCUCAGGGUCCUGGGAUCGAGCCCGGCAUGGGGCUCUCUGCUAGCAGGGAGCCAGCUGCCCUCUCUCUCUGCCUGCUUCUCUGCUUACUUGUGAUCUCUCUCUCUGUCAAAUAAAUAAAUAAAAUAAAAAAAAAACAACUCUGUUGUUUCUAUACUUAGAUCUCCUUUUUCAUUCCUUUUUUUUUUUUUUAAAGGUUUUAUUUAUUUAUUUGACAGAGAGAGAUCACAAGUAAGCAGAGAGGCAGGCAGAGAGAGAGGAAGGGAAGCAGGCUCCCUGCUGAGCAGAGAGCCCCAUGCGGGACUUGAUCCCAGGACCAUGAGAUCAUGACCUGAGCCGAAGGCAGCGGCUUAACCCACUGAGCCACCCAGGCGCCCCUCCUUUUUCAUUCCUAAUAUUGUUUUAUUUAUCCUUUCUCCCCUUUUCCUUAAUAAAUUUUUACAGAUAUUUGUGUAUGUAAAUGUCAAUUUUAAUGAUUUCUGUUCUUUAAUAUUUUCUUUAUGUUUUCAGUACAGUUGCUCUUUCUCUCACUUAUUUGGGUGCUUAGCCUACUAAUUUUUAGUCUUCCUGCUUUUGUAACAGACAUUUAAGGCUAUAAAUUUUGCUCUAAGUCUUGCUUUGGCUGUAUCACAUUCAUUUUGACAGUAUUUUCACAAUCAUUUAGUUCUAAAUGUUUUCCAGUUUUUACAUGAGUUAUUGGGAAGUAUGUUUUAAAAUAUUCCAAAUAGGUGUGCUGGGAAGCUCAGUCAGUGAAGGGUCUGCCUUUGGCUCAGGUCUUGAUCUCUGGGUUCUGGGAUCAAGCUCUGUGUUGGGCUCUCUGUUCAGCAGGGAGUCUGCUUCUCCCUCUCCUGCCUCUCCCCACUGUUUGUGCUCUCUCUCAAACAAAUAAAUAAAAUCUUUCUAAAAAAAACAAAAGCUCCUGAAUAAGUGUUUAAAAAAACAAUAAAAAUAUUCCAAAUGUGUGGGGAGUUGUUGGUUGGUUAUCUUUCGUUACUGUGUUCUAAUCUAAUUGUUCUGAGGUCAAGGAAUAUAGUCUGUACAUGGUCAGGUUUUGUAAUGCUGCACGUAUAUUUGUAAACAAUGUGUAGUAAUCUAAUUUGGAGGAUAUAAAGUUCUAUAUUCAGCCAUUAUAUCAAGCUUGUUAAUGAUGCAGUUAAAACUAUAUUUCUUCACCAGUGUUUCAACUAUUUGAUCUAUCUAUUACUAAGAGAUGUAUUUAUAUCCCCCACUAUAAUAAAAUACUUGCCAAUGUCUCAUAA